UCUGACGUCUCUCUCCUCUCUGUCACGUCCAGCGUCAUGUCUUCAAUUAGCUAACGUUUCGUUGCACUGGUGGGGGGGACUCGAGGCUCGAAGAAUGAGCAGUUCACGGACGCUUGUCGACGUAGCUGUUAUUGAACGUUUAUAAAGGACAGUCCCAGUGUUUGGAUGGAGUCAGCUUCCAGUUUCUCACCGUUUUGUCUAAACACACAAAGGGACCUCAGGUUUCAGGAUUCAGGCCAUCGUGCUGCAGAGUGGCAGAAGAAUGGUCAAAUAUUUUUGUAACACCGCAGACAUCAAAAGCACAUGGGACCAUGUUGUGUCCGCCUUCUGGCAGAGGUACCCCAACCCCUUCAGCACGCACGUUCUCACCGAGGACGUCGUGUACCGGGAGGUGACCGCCGACCGCCGGCUCCUCUCCAGACGCCUGCUGAUGAAGACCAACCGGCUGCCUCGCUGGGCCGAGCGCUUCUUCCCCUCCGGCAUGUCCCGCUGCGUGUACAUCGUGGAGGACUCCAUCGUGGACCCGGUCAACAGGAGCCUGACCAUCUACACCUGGAACCUGAAUCACACCACGCUCAUGUCCGUGGAGGAGCGAUGCGUUUUCCGGGAUUCAGCGGAGCAGCCAGCGACCACGCAUCUAAAACGGGAGGCGUGGAUAUCUUCAAGCAUUUUUGGCUUCUCCAAACCCAUCCAGGAGUUCGGAUUGGCCCGCUUCAAGAGCAACCAGGCGAAGGCCAUGAAGGGGCUGGAGUACGCGCUGUCCAACCUACAGGGACUGGGCAUCAGGCUGAGCGUCGGGGAGAGGCGCCCCAGCGGCUGCUCCGGGACCCAGUGAAGCCCGCGUCAGAGAAGGCCAAGGAGGCGGCCAGGACCCUGGCCUCAGCCGCCGCCCCGCAGGCGCCGCCCCGGCAGUUCCUCUGACGAGUCGAGGAGCGGGACGCCCAGCGCUGGGCGACGAUGCCUUGGAUCAGAACGCACCGUGUCCCAGUCGGAUCAUUUCAUCUCGAGGCCGUAGAGGCGUCUUUCUUUUCGUGUCGCAGCUCUUCGUUAAAUCUCAGGUCUUUGUACAAAGCCUUCUUUCUGCCUUUUACUGCUCCAGCUGUGUCCGCCCGGCGGAGAGAGAGAGACUGCUAAUUUAUUUUUUCCCUUAAUAGAGCUGACUACGUUUGUUUAAUUUUAUUGAAUUCAGGCAAAGAAAAGAAGUAGGAUUAAUGUUACUGUAAUUUAAACGGCAACCUGAGGUUAGAAGGCAUAAAAUGGCCGUGUUGACACUGACAAUCACAACCAGAACGAGCUGCGUUUUCACUGAUUUACUGUGAAAGAUGACCGGCCUGUCGCUGUAUGACUCUCUGUGGUGCAAUAAUGAAACUGGAUCAUCUGAUUCUGCUUUUUUAAAGCUCGCUCUGAGGAUUGUAUUGUUCUGAUUUCAACGACCGCAUUCCUUUCAGGUCUGAAUUGACUGGAUUUUUUUUUUUUUUUGUUACUUUCUUGGAUUUAAGCUACAGUUUAUGACAAAUGUAUUCUUGGUGUUUGUUCUUUUUUUCUUUUUCUUCAGGUAAUUUUAAACAGAUAAGCUCUUAGAAAAGAGGAGAAUCCUCAGAUGUUUGUUUGCAUGUCCAGUUGCAAUUUUAGAAAGCUCCAGUUUUGUCAAUAAAACAUAAAAAAAA